AUGACUAAAAUAUUGGAACGUUUAACAGAUGAAAAUAUUUUGGAAAUUGUAUGCAAAAUAGAAAAAGGACUUAAAGGAUUCGAAUAUUUACAUUUAUGUAGUAAAAUUCAUCGAGAAAUUAAAGCACAAAAUAUUCUUUUCACAAAUAAUGGUCACUCUAAAUUAGCUGCUUUUGAUGUUGCGGGACAAUUAACAGU